AUGUGUGUGUCCGGGCACUGAAGCGGUACUGAGGCAGGCUGUGGUUGGAAAACAUGCCGGCUGAGUGUGCGUGGAGGCGGCUUGUGUCUCUGAGUCUCAGGUUGCUGCUCGUUAUUCCCGCAGGUCUGCCGGUCCGGAGUCAGGUGGAAGCACAGUCCGAUAACACAGUCAUGGACAACAUCACCGUCCAGCAAGGACAGACCGUCCAUCUCAGCUGUUCUCAGGGUGACGUGGUGACACACACGGCCUGGCUGAACAGGUCGAGUAUAUUGUACGCCGGUGAGGAUAAAUGGUCCGUGGACACUCGAGUGAGCCUGGUUACCUUUAACCGUGAUGAGUUUACUAUUAAGAUCGAGAAUGUGGACGUGAGUGAUGAGGGGAUGUACGUGUGCGCCGUUCAGACGAGCAGCAAACCCAGAACCACGUCCGUCCACAUCAUUGUGCAAGUUCCUCCAAAGAUUGUCAGCUUUUCGAAGGAUUUGGUGGUAAACGAAGGCUCCAACGUGUCCCUGAUGUGUCUGGCCAAUGGCAAACCGGAGCCUGCAAUCAGCUGGAGAUCGCAUUCCAUCCAGGAUGAUGACGUUGAUUUGGAUGACGAGUAUUUGGAGAUUCCCUUUGUCAGCAGAAGCAAGGCGGGAUUGUAUGAGUGCACAGCGGCCAAUGACAUCGCUACAGACUCAAAAACAGUCAAGCUGGUUGUAAACUACCCCCCGCGGGUGUUCGAGGCCACUGAUGUCGGCGUGACUCUGGGUCAGAGUGGGGUGCUACAGUGUGAGGCUGAUGCGGUACCAGUGGCAGAUUUUGAGUGGUACAGAGAUGACAGAAGGGUCUUCAACGGCUUGGAUGGAAUUGAGAUCAAAAACGCGGGCGCGGUGUCAAAGCUCACUUUUUACAACAUGUCAGAGACAGACUACGGGAAUUACACGUGUGUUGCAAUUAACAAGCUUGGAAGUGCAAAUACGAACAUCAUUCUGUACGAAGUAAUUGAACCCACUAGCUCGACGCUCUUGCAAGAAAUGACGUCAUCUGUUGUAGAGCAAACAGCCAAUGAAUACAACCAGUUGUGGGAAGGACCCGGUGCAGUUCAGGAUGGUAACAGUGGCACAGUGGGAACGUACACACCCCUCUGCCUCAUCGUCGCCCUCCAGCUGCUGCUUGCGUUUUGAUAACGAAGAGCUUUUCGACCCGGAUGGUUUCAUCUCUCUCGUCAUUCACCUCGACCCCUGCAACUACCGGGAGAACAAAGAGUGCACAGGAUUUUCCAUACUCUUAUUUUUUAAUCAAGUAAUCAUUCAAUUAUUCUUUCUGUUAGUCCUAAAUAUUGUUACUGAUCUUUCUUUUGCCCCUAUAAAUUUUUUUUAUAUAUAUUUAUAGAAAACAGGCCAGUUGAGGUGAGGCUUGUCCAGUAUAUAAAAAAUGAUAAAAUCAUUUCUGUAACUGUAGUUUUAUUUACCUGAUCACUAACUUCUAAAAUAUUAAUAUAAUAUUUAAUUCUACAAACAAGUAUUUCAAGAAAAAGGCAGGCGUGUCUUCUUUCUUGGAUUGUAAUCGCAGGAAAUUACCUCAUUAAGCAAAAACCACUGUACAAUGUUUUGUAUUAUGUUGUAACAUACUUUUUUUUUUUAAAAUAAGUGGGACUGGGGAACUUCUACGAGCACACCCGAUAUUCCUAACGUGAUUUUUGUUUGCUUUGAAGUAUUUUAAUUUUGAAAAUAUAAAGUGGGGAUUCGAGAGGACCUUUAACUAAGCCCUGAUGCUAAAUUUAUUCAGCAUUUAAAUAAAUUAAUUAGAGCGUAAGUACGUACACAUGUUAGUUUUGUUUUAUUUUAAAGCCACAGCACAUUAAACAUCAGUAGUUGUACUGAGAAUCGGCUGGUAUUGCAGGGCUAUUAGAUUAAGAUUUAUUCUAUACACAACUCAUCAUUACACUGACCGAGAACCCAAAGAGCAGCUAAUACACAUCUCAGAUUUAUUUGUCUGACUUUGCGAUUAUAAAAACAUUUAUUUAGGUGUAAUGGACCAUAUCCAGAGCUGGGAAUUUGGGAAAAAAAUACUAAAAUAUGGCACACAUAUAUAUAAGAUAUGGGUAAGAUGCUGGAAAAGCUGAUUGCAUUCAAAUACAGAUGUUUCAGAUGUGGUUAAUGCAACACCUGCCUUUGUAAAGCUACACCAUCCCUUAAAUAAAUAAAUAAAUAAAUAGAAAGAAGAAUGUGAUAAAUCAAACACGAGAAAUGCUUUAGUAGGAACUCAGACCUCGCAUGGUUUCCCCACUGGCAGAAGCAUGAUGCAGAACUGUUGACAAUUCCUGAUUAUUUCUGAUCUCUUUACACAACAACAUUUGGUUAAGGAUUCCCCUCAGGCUGCCAAAACAGCUCUCACCCACUGAGCCGAUCCAUCCCAGAGACCUCCGUAGGUGAGCUGUCUGGCACCGAGAAGUUAGCAGCAGAUCCUUUAAGUCCUGGAAGUUGCGAGGUGUGGCCUCCAUGGAUCGGAGUGGUUUGUCCAGCACAUCCCACAUCUCACAGAUGCUUGGUCGGAUUUAGAUCUGGGUAAUUUAAAGGUCAGGUUCAGACCUUGAACUCGUCAUGGUGUUCCUUAAAUCCGUCCUGAACUGUUUUUGUAGUGUAUCCUGCAGAAGGAGUAAGAGGACGCUGCUGUUAUGGAAUAGCGAUGCCAUAAAGGGGUCAAAACCUCUUCAGUAUUAAAAUGCAAGUGUACCCUGGGUGCACUGGUUUCCUUUCUUUGAUCAUGUUUGUGGCCGUUUGUGUGUAGAGAUCAGAAAAACUUAAUUUACUGACUUAUAAAUUCAUGUGAUCUUUAAUCUUUAAUCAAAACAAAAAUUUGUUUUCUUUACCCAGCUUCAAUAUUUGCUAUAUUUCACAUCGAUUGCACCAGAAAAUAAAAGAUAAAACAUGUUUAUUUAGUUUCCUCUAUGCUUAAAGUGUUAAUGGAAGUGUAUCUGGUUGUAAACAAGAGCUGGGAACCAAACGUAGGCAACAAACUAUGGGGAAUAUUACAUUAAAUACUUGUCUUGUUUACUGGUUCAUCAGUAAAGAUAAAUAAUUAUAAUUUGUACAUUUUUUAAAUGUUUUAACAUUAAUUUUAAACUGACUUUAAAUGGGAUCCAGUUUUUUAUUGUAUAUGUAUUUCUUUCUUUGUAUUUUGGUCCUCAACAUUGCUUUAACAGUAAAAAAAAAAAAAAAAGAAAUAAAUAAAAACUGCACUCUGGACAUGGCCCUUGGAAACAUCCCAAUAUACAUUAGUAUUUUAUUUUCCCAGGUCAUCCAUAGAUAUUGUGCUGUAUUUUUAGUGACCCUAAACUAUCAUCCCACCACAACUCACCACUUCAUUAUUACUCCUGUAUAUGCACACAGUAUAAUUUGUACAAAGUGAAAAUAUGCACCUGUUUUUACUAAAGUUGUGAACCAGUUCAAUAAAAUGCAACAGACU